AUGCCUCUGGCAACAAUCCACCUGAUCUCCCUCACCCAAGAAACCAGUCUCAUCUCCUUCCUUCAAACCCUCAAAGCCACUACAACUCUCCAUCCGCUGGUCAUCAGCAAAGUCAUCCGCUGGAUCAUCACGCCUACGAAAAUCGACACCGGCGAACUCCUCAACACCUCACAGCCAUGGGAUUUACUAGUGAUCCUCCUCGCCGACACUACCGCCCACCCUGAAACAGAGAUAAAGACAAAGACAUCGACACCGACAUCGACAAAGACAAAGACACCACUCCUUCAAAACCCACUACGAUCCCAAAUCUCACAGCACUGGUCCACCACAGCAGGAAUCCCGUCCCGCCUCACCCGAGACUUCGCCAUAUCCACAAACCCCCAACUCCUGCAUCCUGAUCCCUCAUCCGUACCAGCUUUGACAGGAGCGCUGGACAAUCCACGGAUCGGCAAGAGCGCUCAGACGCUCGAGCUAUCCGCCGAGUUGGCGCGGUGGAUCGAGUCGUUCGCUGAGACCCGUGCAGGCCGCAAUCCGCUGUCGAUGCUGAAUCUGUUGGCGUUCAAGGCGGGGAUGAAGGAGUCGUAUUUGAAGUAUGGGAAGGCGUUCGGGGAGUCGAUUGGGAGGAGGCGUGGAGGGGUUGCAAAGCUGGUGGGGAAUGUGGUGAUUGACCAGAGAGACCAGCAAGCAGAAGAAGAUGCGAAAUCCGGGAGCUCCUGGCAUGAGUUCGCCCUCGCGUCGUAUCCGUCGAUAUUGCAUUUCGCGGAUAUGUUGGCCAGUGAGGACUAUCAGGCUGUCAAUCUAAAAUACCGCGUCCCUGCGUUGGAGGAUACGUGUAUUUUGUGCACGAGUGAGAUUGAGAUCGAGGACUUGUUGGCUGGUAACGAUGACAAUGUCGGUACUGCUAGUAGUAACAGCCAAACAGUGAAAGUUACGGCGAAAUUGUGA